UCCGCGUUCCGACUAUUUGUUUGAGCUUUGCGGAUGGUUUGGCGUCGCGCUGUGAAACAGAUUAGUAAUAAAUCGUAGUUUUUACUUUUAGACAUGGCUUUAAGCUGGUUAUUAUUGCUGCUGUUACUCUUCGGUGGGUUUUCUGCGUCACAGACAGCACCAGGAAAAAGCCGAGGCUUUGUUGGGUUUGAGGACCCUGAAAAUUCAGACCUCAUCAUUUUGGAUGAGGUGUCUUCGAAGACGCUGCAGAGUGGUUUGACCACAGUCUUCCUCCCAAUCAUCUACACCAUCGUGUUUGCUGUGGGACUGCCGGCUAACCUCAUGGCCCUGUGGGUGUUCCUCUUCAGGGUCAAGAAAAAACACCCGUCAACGAUCUACAUGGCCAACCUGGCUCUGGCUGACUUGCUUUUUGUCAUUUGGACGCCCCUUAAGAUUGACUACCAUUUUAAUGGCAACAACUGGACCUAUGGGGAACCACUCUGCAAAGUCAUGAUAAGCUUCUUCUAUGGGAACAUGUAUUGCUCUAUUCUGUUCAUCACUUGCCUCAGCGUGCAGAGGUACUGGGUCGUGGCUCACCCACUGUCCCAACAGAAGAAGAACAACAAAGUGGCUAUUGCCAUCUCUGUGGCCAUCUGGGUUUUCAUCUGGCUCACCAGCAUUCCUCUGUACCUCUACAACCACACUGCCAAGAUCAAAAACCUCAACAUAACCACCUGCCAUGAUGUCAACGUCAUUCAUGACACUGCAGAUCCCUUCCCUUCAAUCAAACACUCAUUCAACUACUUCAUCUUCAUGGGUACUGUUGUGUUCCUUGUGCCGUCUGUAGUCAUCAUCGUGGCUUACAUCCUUUUACUGCGGACCCUCGGACAAGGCAUGGGAGAUGGCACAGCUGCAAAGAACCGUCAAAAAGCAGUGAUGUUGAUCGUGGUUGUCCUGGUGUCAUUCUUAGUGUGCUUCAUCCCCAGUAACAUCAUGCUGCUGGUGCACUACUCUCUGCUGAAGGAUGGAGUGGUGAAUAAUGGCUAUGCCUUCUACAUCACCACCUUGUGUCUGGCUAGCCUUAACAGCUGCCUGGAUCCGUUCAUUUACUACUUUGUGUCGGAGGGUUUCAGAGAUCACGUGAAGAACACGCUGCUCUGCCGGAGCAACCGGACAGUGGAGAGGAUGAGGGUCUCAUUCAGUUCCAUGAAAUACUCCAAGAAGAGCAAAUCGUAUGAGUCGAGGAACACGGAGAGCAGCAAUUGCUAGCUAAAGAGAGGAGUCAAAGACAAACCGGUACCACCAAAACAUCAGCCGUCCGCUUUGGAUCUUUAAAUUUGAAGGGGACACCUUACUAUGAACUGCUGUGUGGUCACAAAUUGGCAAAUAGUUUUAUUUUUAUAUGUACAGGAGAGACGUUUAAGACUGCAGAAUGUUGUCAUGGUUGACAUUAGGUCCUCAAAAAAAAAAAGUUUCUCCUAGUAUUUGUGAUGAAUUUGGGUUCUCCCAAUAAUUUGACUGAGCAGUGGACUGCACUGAAAACCAGUAACAAAACAAAAAUCUGCACCAAGAGUAGAUCUGUAAGUUAUUGCGUUCAUUGUUGAUUUAUUGUUGCUUCUUGCUUCAUUGUUUUUUAUUUACAUAUUCAAUAAUUUAGUCCAUUAAGUUGUAAGUAAUUCAUUUCUCACAGAUGAAGUUAAUGUCUUUAAACUUUAAAUUUACAAUGGUAAAAACAAACGGAAACAAAUCCUCUUAUUUGAAAAACUCUACAUAGUCAACAUAUGGAAGUUUAUCUUAAAAAUCACUUCAUCAAUUGACUAAAAUCUGAGUUUAUUUUACCCCUGUCCAGCAAUUGUUUUAAGCACGUAUUUAAUUCAUGAGUAUCUAUAAAAUAAAAAGUAAAAUCUUUUAAUUUCUCACAGGCCAUGAUGAUGUGUUCAAACUGCUUUGUCUACUUAAUCCAAAAUUGAAACCUAUUCCAUGUACAGUGAUAGGAGCAGUAGAGAAGGUGAACACAUUUUGAAAAUAUGAGACACUGACUCAGUAAAAAUUUGUAAAAUUUCCAAUUUACCAGUAAUAGUUACAUGUAUUUUUCAGUCAAUCUGCCAUUUUAGUCUGUAGAUAUUUGUUUCACAUUUAUAAAUGUAAUUAAAAAAUAGGAAAUUUGAGUUCUUAUAUUCCAGUUCACUAAAAUUCUCAAUUCAAAAUGUAUUAUGUUUACAAUAAUAUAAAAACAAACAGUGAGAAUAUCAUUUGAGAACAUUAUCAUUUGAGACACUAACUGCUCAAAAUCUGAAAAUUUUACACUUUUUGUUUUCUUUUCAGUCUUCUAUUUCAUUGUUUAAAUAUUUGGCUGACUAAAGUUUCAAACCUUCAGUCUGUGAAAUCGGCUGUCAUUUGUUUUGUUUUUUUUUGUUUUUUUAAAUGAAAGAAUUCUUAAAUUAAUUUUACCAGCAUACUCGAGUACCUAUCUGUUAAUCAGUUUAAUUAUUUGUUGCAGUGGAGUAAAGUAUUGUGAGUAGUGAACUGUAGUGAGUUUAUUGGUUGUGACCUUGAUGAUUGGAUAUUACGUCAUUGUAGGUUUUGCCAGCGUAGCAACAGGAAAUUUGUUCUCUCUGUACUGACUGGAGAUGUUGUCCAUAAUUCUGAAUAUUUACUACCGUAACUCUGCAGCCUUUAGUGCCAAAGUAACCAUACUUGGCACAUAGGUAGUCUCAGUAGGUGUGAGUGACCUGGUUUGCAUAUCAACUAUGUCAGGGGUAACCGCUGACCUGGUUCAUCUGGUACCCCGCUGGGUACCAGAUGAACUUUGGAUUUAGAUCGUGCAUUCAGAGCUGAGAGGGUGAUUUGCUGAUUUAUUGCUUCUUGUUUAAUUCUUGUUGUCACCUGUUGAUUGCAUACAAAAGGUGGUUCUGUGUUUUUGUUUGUUUUUUUUAAUAAACAAAACAGCAUGAUACAGUU